AUGGAGAACCAGAAGCGACAACACGACGAAGUUGAAGCAGCCGGAUUCCGGAUGUAUGCCUUCAUCGGCGUCACGAUGUCGACCGUGGCUACACUGAUCUGUGUACUCUCUGUACCCAUGAUCUACAGCCACCUUCAACACUUCCAAUCUGGAAUGCAGAGCGAGAUCGACUUCUGUAAACUCCGUUCUGGAAAUAUUCUUCGCGAAAUCACUCGUACUGAAGUAAGUAUAUGUAUAUCUUCUCCCACUUUUACCUAAAAUAUUGCUAAAUAAUCAAAUUGAAACCUUUGCUAUAACAACCGCUACAUUCACAAAACUUUCAGUUCUUGGCUGGUGCUAACCCUCGCCAACACGCCAUUGGAAAGCGUCAAUCGUACGGAGGAGAUGCCGGCUACGGUGCUCCAGCCCCAGCUCCAAGCAGCUUCGGACGCAACCAAGGCUUCGGAGGAGGAGCACCACGAGGAGGAUGCUGCGGCUGUGGUGUCUCACCAAAAGGACCACCAGGCCCACCAGGAGAAGACGGUACCCCAGGACACGAUGGACAACAAGGACCACCAGGAAAAGAUGGAGCUGAAGGACCAACCCCACGCCCACCUCCACCAUACAACCCAUGCUUCGACUGCCCACCAGGCCCACAAGGAGCUCCAGGAAACGCUGGACCAGCCGGACCAAACGGUUUACCCGGUCUUCCAGGCCAGAACAAGCCCCGUGCCCGCCCAGGACCACCAGGCCCACUCGGACCUCCAGGCCCACAAGGACCACCAGGCGACCAAGGUCAAGAAGGAAACCCAGGACACCCAGGCCGUCUCAUUGACACUCCACCAAAGGUCGGACCACCAGGCCCACCCGGACCUCCAGGACAAUCCGGCGACCAAGGACAACCAGGCAACGACGGUCAGCCAGGCGCCAAGGGAUACCCAGGCCCACAAGGAGACGAAGGACCAGAAGGAGAGCCAGGAAAGGACGGAGCUCCAGGAGAAGAGGGCAAACAAGGCGACCAGGGACCAGAAGGCGCUUGCGACCACUGUGGCCCAGCCAAGACCGCUCCAGGCUAUUAG